AUGCUCCUAUUUCGAAAGCCGAAACAGCUGGACAGUGCAGAUAUGGUGCAACAAACGUUAUCCUAUAUGCACCAUAAUGAUGCUAAGAUAUCUGCAAGACUCGGAAAUCAGGCCAGCUUCAAACAAAGUACAACGUCAUCUAAUUUCUCUGGUGUAAUAUCGGACUGUAGUACGUUAGCCGUCGAUCACUCCGAAAUACCGUGGCAGUUACAACUGAGAUCGGAAAAAAUUAUUGGUCCAAUCCACAACAGCGGCCUAGCCGAAAUAUUAGCAGCUCAAAUGGCAUUGCAACUACUGAGAAACUGGAACGGCUACAAAAAUGAACCCGUCAUUUUGCGUACAGAUUUUCUACCUUUAGUGCAAGCAAUGAACGGUGGUGUAUGUGACAGAUUUUACGAGGAAAUAGAGAAAGUGCGAAACUUAGCAAUGCUCUAUCCCAAUGGUGUCCGUUUUGAGCAUGUCUAUGCACAUGAUGGUGACCCCGAAAUUCGUCAGCACUUGAUGGGCGGCGAGCAAGAUCGAGAAGUCGACGGCGAAGCUGUAGAAAAAGAAGAUCACGAAGCACCACCAGGGGUAAAUUGCAGCUCGUUUUUCGAAGACUUUGUGAGUGCCUUCAAGGCGCAACACAGUGCAUUGUAG